UAAUCCAAUGUAUUAUCAACAAUACAAUGGACCAUUGAAUUAUGAGCUUAAUAGCAGUAAUGGAUUAAUACCAUUGGAGCAUAAUGACUAUCCACUGAUAUCAGUUAUGAUGAAGCCAAUUCCUUCAGUGACUGAAACAUCAUCCUCUACUGUUACUGAAGACAUUGAUACUGUUGCUACAAUGGCAAUGCUAUCAUCCUCCACCACUACAACAGAUAUUGUAAUGACACCUAAUAGCAUUCUUACAUCAACAGAAGUCAUAUACUACUCUACCAGUUUACAUUACACUACUACUCUUUCCUUAUUGAGUACUACAUCAUUAUUCCCCACUAAUACCUUUGGGGAGUUAGUAUUAUCAUCAGUUCCUUCUAUUUUGCUCUCAUUUUGUCGUCAAAUUGCUUCAGGAAUGGAGCACUUGUCAAGGAAGAAGUUUGUUCACAGAGAUCUUGCAGCAAGAAAUAUAUUAGUAUCAGAUAAAGGAACAGGAAUAUGCAAGAUUGCUGACUUUGGUAUGUCAAGGGAUCUACAAAAUGAAUCUUAUUAUAUUUCACAAGCAAAAAAGAUUCCAAUAAAAUGGACAGCACCAGAAGCAUUACAUUAUAAGAAAUAUUCGAGUGCUAGUGAUGUGUGGAGUUAUGGAGCUGUAAUGUAUGAGAUUUGGUCUUUAGGACAUAAACCAUUUGAACUAUAUACCAAUCAAGAAUGCAUUAGACUGGUUGAUUCAGGCUAUAGAUUACCACCUCCUCCAGGAUGUCCUAAACCAAUGUAUAAACUAAUGAUGCAAUGCUGGAAUCCUGAUACUUACAAUCGCCCAAGUUUCUCAGAUAUAUCAUCAAGUCUAUCCUCACCUGAUAAACAAUUACUAAUGAUUAAUAAAGAGGAUCCUGUUACUGUUCUGGGUGGAGCUUUAGAAACAAGCCACUCCCUCUACACCGACUUACAGUACAUGUACAAGAACUGAUUUUAUCUCCAUCUUCUUUUUUUUAAUUUAUUGCAGACAGAAUUGUAAUUUUUGUUAUAUCCCCAUUACUACCAUUUGUUGUUUGUAUGAAAUGUAUUGUGACAGUUUA